AUGGUUAUUGCUCACGAUUUUGAAGGCCGAAAAUAUGUAUUUUCUACAGACGACGGUGGUUUGGCCAAUGAUACAUUUUGUAAGUGGGCACUGAGCAAAGAAAUGAAAGGAACAACUUACAUAGCACAUAAUUCGAAAGCGUACGACACCUAUUUCAUUAUACAAUACAUUUUGAAAAAUAUGCCGACCGUUAAGUACGAAGUAAUCCGCAACGGGUCAAACGUUAUGAUGCUUGAAAUAAAAUAUGGGGGCUUAAACAUUAAAUUCAUAGAUAGUCAUAAUUUUGUACAGUCGAGGUUAUCCGAAUUUCCGAAAACGUUUGGACUUACAGAAGCGAAAAAAGGUUACUUUCCACAUUUUUUUAAUACACCGGAAAAUCAAAACUAUGUAGGACCUUUACCGAACAAAGAUCAUUACGGAUAUAAUUCUAUGACGAUGAAACACCCUGCAGAAUUUAUAGAUUGGCACGACGAAUUAACAAAUAAAAAUUACGUAUUUGAUUCCCAAAAGGAGUUGGAAGAAUAUUGUAAUUCGGACGUUGACAUAUUGCGAAGAGGGUGUUCGGAGCUGAGAAAGCAAUUUUUGGACGUGUGUAACAUUGAUCCUUUAAAUAUAUAA